AUGUCGAACAACUUGACAUUGAACUUGGCUCAGCUCCAGAACAAAAUCAAGCGCGAUCCGCCUGGAUUCCGCGAUGAGUACGAAUCCCAAGUCCACAGAUUCAAGACCUCACUGGAGCUUCAACAAUUAUACCCUGAAAAUGAUCAUACGACAUUAUCAGAAACAAUGAUCUUCCUGGCUUCUACUGCUCAUUGCUACAAGGAAGACAUGAAAAACUACGGCAACGAGCUCGCCCAGCUGAUCGAAACUUCCGGUCACUCGUUCUCUUCAAAGCUUCGUCAGGACAUCGUCAAAUCGUUGAUGCUUCUCAGAGGCAAGCAGAUGAUCGAAGACAAGGUGCUAUUCGAGCUCUUUUUCAAGCUCUUCCGAAUGAAAGACAAGAAAAUACGCGAAACUGUUCACAAAUUCAUCGUCAACGAUGUCAAGCGAAUCAAUUUAAAGAGCAAGAACCAUGCUGUAAAUAAGUCACUGCAAAACUUCAUGUACACGAUGCUGCAGGAUCAAGACGUCACGGCAUCGUUUAAAAGUCUCCAAGUUACCGAGGAUUUGUACAGAAAGAAUGUUUGGAAUGACGAAAAGACGGUUAAUGUUAUCGCGGCUGCUUGUUUCCAUGGCCAUCAAAAGAUUCAAUCGCGCGCCCUCAAUUUCUUCCUCGGAAACGACCAGAAGUCGGAAGACCACGACUCAGACGACGACGAAGACCCUGACGAACGUCGACAGCGAGAAAAGAACGAACUAAAGCUUCCCACUGCUCGUGACAUCAUGGUCAGAUUUCAAACUGGCAAGAAAGGAGCCAAGAACAAGAGAAAGAAGAAGAAGAUGAUGGCGCGAAUUGCCAAGAAGUCAAACAAGGGUCAGAACAGAGACGCCAUCAACUUCACAGCGAUUGACAUGCUUCACGAUCCUCAGAGCUUCGCGGAGAAGCUUUUCAAGCAACUGGAGUCGACAAAUGGCGACUUCGCGUUAAAAUUACUUCACAUUCGGGUGAUCGCGCGAGUUAUUGGCGUGCACAAGCUGGUUAUUUACAACUUCUACCCAUAUCUGCAAAGAUUUCUUAAUCCUAGCCAGCGAGAUGUCACUCUCGUUCUACAGGCGGCUGCACAUGCUACUCACGAUCUAGUACCUCCAGAAGUCUGUGAAGAAAUGGUUCGAUGCAUUUCCAAUCAGUUUAUUACCGAGCGAAAUUCGGGCGAAGUAAUGGCGGUUGGUUUGAACUCUGUUCGAGAAGUAGCAGCGAGAAAUCCACUUGCCAUCGGUGAUGAUCUGCUUCAAGACCUCACACAGUACAAAAAACACAUCGACCGAGGAGUCAAAGCUGGCGCAAAGGGUCUCAUCACUCUCUACCGUCAAGAAGCGCCAAUGCUUCUCGCCAAAAAAGAUCGAGGCAAACCGAACGAGCAUCAGCGACAAAUCGUUCCCUACUCUUACGGGCAAUCGAAGGCGUUGGACUUCAUUCCUGGCGCUGAAACGCUUCCUCUUCGUGGACCGGAGGAGGAAGAAGAAGUAAUGGAGGAAGACAAGCCAACGGAGUGGGUUGAUGGAGAGUGGCAAGAUGUUGAGCAUGAUAUUGAACAGGACAUUGAGAAAGAAGAGAUUGAAAAACGAACAGAAACGGAGGCUAAACUCGAAGAAAAAGUCGGCCGAGAGGAACUUCUGAAAAUGAAGCAAGAAAAGGCGAAGAAUGUUCUCACAACUCGGGUUCUGACUGAUGCCGAGUUCCAGAAGAUCAAGAUUGAGCAGGCGACGCAAAAGGCUGUUGAUAUUCAUCGAAAGGUUACUCCGUCGAGCUUGUUGUCUGCGGAAAACAGCUCGAAUCUCGUAGAGCUAAAGAAGAUCGAACAAGUGGCUAGUAGAAGAGCGCACAGUAAGGAAGACAGACUGGCUACAGUCUUGGCUGGACGAGAAGGGCGAGAAAAGCAAAAGCUAAAUCCAUACGCUUCAUCGACAAACAAAGACAAGCGAAAGCAAAAACCCUUCCAGAUGGUGAUGCACAAGGUCGCAAAGAAGCAGACAGGAAGAUCGUACACCCAAAAGAAGAAGGCGCUGCAAGAAAGUUUAAAAAAGCAACUGAAAAGUUACAAGCAUUAA